CUCAGAGUUAAAUAAUUCAGAUAAAAUUAGAAACGCAAAUGUUAAGCCCGCGCUCUCGGGUAUUUAUGCGUGAUGUCGGCAGCACCAGCAGCUUACUGCACAGUCAGCCAAUGAGGUGAUUGAGAUUGUCUGAGGGAUAACAGGCUGGCCCUCAAACAUACUUUCCUACAGACAAGAAGAGGAGUCUGAGCUGUGAACAUCACUUUUGGCUUCAGCUUCCAGAAGAGGAAUACCAUCUAAAUCUCUGCCACACAAAGAAAUAUUAAUUUAGCAGGAUGAAAAUCACGUUGGAAACGCACAAACUUUCCACAGUGGCCCUCUGUGUGCUGCUCCUGGCCACACUGUUACCCGGCUCCGAGGCCCGCCGUGGACGUGGUGGUGGUGGUGGUGGUGUGAUCAGCCGAGGAGCAGGAGGAGGCUACAGCCGGGGGUGGGGAGGUCAGCCUUACAGACCACCGCCUGUCCAGAGCAGUGGCCCCAGUGCCGGGAAAGUAGCUGGGGCAGCUGCUGCAGGAGCAAUAGGAGGAGCCAUGCUCGGAUCUGCCUUGAGCCGUCCUGGGUAUGGGUACGGGUAUGGCGGAGGAUUUGGAGGAUACGGUGGAUAUGGGGGAUAUGGAGGGUAUGGAGGAGGUUAUGGAUACCCACGAUACGGAGGUGGUUACGGCUAUGGCCCCCGCCCUGGCUAUGAGCCAGAGGGCUCUGGUGAUGUGGAGUACUACACCGGAGCAUCCAGUGGCCCAAUCUACAACAGCAUCAUUGUUGUCAUUGGCUCCCUAAUGUCCCUACUCAUGGGCCACUGGGUAUCAUUCAUGUAGCACUGGAGACGAAGCUGAGAUUUACAAACACACCAGAAAAAACCCUCCUUUCAAAAAUAACCCAUCCUACUGUAAAGGGGACAUUUUAAAGUCACAAUUCAACUGAAAUUUGAGUUUUCAGAAAUACAAACCUGUUGCCAAUUUGUUUUGUGGACACUUCAGUGACCCUCUGUGAGGACAAUAAGACGAGUUUGACUUAUUAAUGUGACACCAUUACACUGAAUAUGAAAACACACGGUCAAAAAUCAUUAUUAAAGUCACAAAAUGUAAUCUGAUUUGAUGUGAUGUUGCUAUCCUGUCCCAUUUUUGACUUCUUUUAAUGUGGCCACUGUUUUUGUACAUUUGCUGAUGGCAGUGAUGGUGAUGACUACAGUCUGUAAAGAUAGAGCAGGAAUUAAUUAGAUCUGUUUUAAGUUAAGUCUACCUCAAGGAACCAUGUCAGGAUUAGAUGUUAAUGUCAUUUUGUAAUUACCAAAUUUAAAUAUUUUUUUUCAUUGUUACAUAAUUUUGUCUAUGCUGUAUAUCGUAUAUAGGUUAUAUUUUUAAGUAUUGCUUUCAUUGACAUAUUUCCAUAAUUAAAUUAAA